AGACAGACAGACACACACACACACACACACACACACACACACACAGCGUGCAAGAGAGGACACUACAUUGUUUCCUGUCCUCCAUCUUCUUGACCCCAAGCCAUUCUCCUGUCCCUAAUGGCCUUAGGCGUUGAAGGCAACUGAAGAUGUGAUGGGAGUUUCACAGGGACACAGAUUAAGCUUGGGCCUCUCCCUUUCAGGGAGCUGUGCACACUGAUGAGACCAAACUGCUUUCUCUUUAAGAGCAUCACGUGUCAUCCUGAUUGGCCGCAGCUAUGUAGGUCUUUCUUUUUAGUGUGUGCUCCCUGCCUCCCUCUCCUCUAUCCCUCUCUCUCCUCCCUACUCUCUCUUUUUUCCCUUCCUACAACUCCCUCCCUCUCCGAUCUCCACCUGCCUCCCCCUCCCUUCCCCUCUCUCUCCUCCCUGUUUCUCUGUCACUGUGCGGAUUUCAGCUUUGACCCAGCAGCAGCAGCAGCAGCAAAGAUGGGAGACUAGCAACAGAUGCUGAGCUCUAAGAGCUGUAUUCGUAGGAAAUCUUCCUCCCUCCUUCCCUCCCUCCCCAUCUAAAGACAAUCCAAAAGAAAAAGACAAAUCUUGGCAUCCCGAAAAGAGAGGAGAUGGCUGUUGCUAUUUGAACCAGAAAUCGAAAGCCCAACCAAGAGGCCAGAGGGAGUCAUUGGAGCUGCUGCUGCUACUGGUUUAUCUGCCCCUCCGACCAUGCUGGGGCUGGGGUCUGGCUGCGGGCUGGGUCCAGAGAAGGCUGUCUUUCUCAAGAAGAGUGCAGAAAGCCCGAUAGAACGGGCAGCCCAGGAAGGAAUCCAGGAGGGGGACAGUGGAAAGGGGCCAGCCCGACAGGGUAUAGUCUGGAGGAAUGUCAUCCUAAUGACCCUGCUUCACUUCGGGGCCCUGUAUUCCCUCACCCUCAUUCCUAAGGCCCAGCUGCUCACUUUGCUCUGGGCAUACCUCUGUUUCCUCCUGACGGCUCUGGGGGUGACGGCUGGUGCGCAUCGUUUGUGGAGCCACAGAUCCUAUAAAGCCAAGCUGCCACUGAGGAUAUUCCUGGCCGCUGCCAACUCCAUGGCUUUCCAGAAUGACAUCUUUGAGUGGUCGCGGGACCAUCGAGUGCAUCACAAAUACUCCGAGACGGAUGCUGACCCCCACAAUGCACAAAGGGGCUUUUUCUUUUCCCAUAUUGGGUGGUUAUUUGUUCGGAAACACCGAGAUGUCAUCGAGAAAGGGAGGAAGCUAGACCUCACCGACCUCCUUGCUGACCCAGUUGUCCGACUCCAAAGAAAGUACUAUAAGACCACUGUGCUGCUCAUGUGCUUUGCUGUACCCACAUUGGUGCCCUGGUACAUCUGGGGAGAGAGUCUAUGGAACUCCUAUUUCCUAGCCUUCAUCCUCCGUUACACCAUCUCCCUCAAUGUUACCUGGUUGGUGAACAGUGCUGCCCACAUGUAUGGCAACCGGCCCUAUGACAAGCACAUCAGCCCACGGGAGAACCCAUUUGUCACUUUGGGUGCAAUUGGUGAAGGCUUCCAUAAUUAUCAUCACACCUUCCCAUUUGACUAUUCUGCCAGUGAAUUUGGCUUAAAAUUCAACCCGACCACAUGGUUCAUUGACUUCAUGUCCUGGUUAGGGCUGGCCACUGAUCUUAAACGGGUUCCCAAGCAGAUGAUCCAAGCCCGUAAAGAGAGGACUGGAGAUGGCAGUGCUUGACUAUUGACCUUUAUCCAAAAUAUAUGCUGUUUACUUAUUGGUUCUUUGCUUUGAGCAAUGUAGUCUUGACGUUCAUUUUGUUGGGGGUGGGGGGAGUCUGUUGUGGUUUUAUUUUGGGGCUAUUUGUUUUAAGAAUCAGCUUGUCUAAUGUCUCAAAUCAAACUCAUAAUUGAAAUGUAAGAGGAAAAGUCAGAAUAGCUGUUAUUUAUCGUUAGUGUUCCAAGAUGUAGGAUAUGGAAUAGUCUUUGUAGUUAUAUGUCAGAUGUACAGUCAUAAGCUUAUUAUAUAUGGUCUUGACCCUGACUGGAUGAAAGAAUUGAUUAGUCUUUCUAAGUUAUGGUAAGCAUUACAACUUUUUUUUAGUAACUAAUCAAAUAUGCCUUUUGGAGAUAUACUACAUGAAGAAUUCAGUAGGCAGAGUGAGAAAACAAAAAAAAGGGGAGGGGGCUUAAGUAUGCUUUUUAAGAAAGUUUAUUCAGGGUCUGGAAUUGCUUUGUUUUCUUUUAAGAAAGAAAAAUUGGCUUAAAGUAAUACAGAGGAGAAAAAGGGAAAAGGCUCUCAUUUUUUACCUUGUUACUAAGCUUAUUGAUACUUCAGUUUCUUUGCUAAUUUUGUUUUCUGCUCUGCAAAUUUUGUGUUUAAAGCUACACACCAAGCUGGUCCUGUAAACUGUGAACCAUUUAAAUACUUCAUCUCUUCUCGUAGGGUUAUGGUCUGGACCUAUGAUUCAUCCCUCCUCAUAGAGUUAUGGUCUGGACUUGUGAUUUUAUUUGUAUGGAAACUUCCCAUGUGAGGAAACUCUCUCUACUGAUAUAGGCUGGCACCUUUUCUGCAAUUUACAGUCUUAGAGAGUUACCCAGAGGACUCAGAGAAUAAGUGACUUGCCCAGAGUCACACAGCCAGGAUGGGCCAAAGGACCCAGGUCUUCCUGGCUUCAAGGCUAGCUUUCUAUCCACUACUCCAGCCUGUCUGUUAUCUAUUCUCAUUGCCAGUGUCAUUUGUAAAGGAGCCUAGUGCAAAUAUGCCUGGUGCCAAAUAAAGCCCUCAUUUAAAUGUUGACAGAGCUGGUUUAUAGUCUAAUCAAUCACUGUCACUGGUACUAUGGGUACUUCGGCUACUCUCUCAAAGUAAGUCUAUUAAUUUUCCACAUCAGGCAAUCAGAUCAUAAUUAACUGGCAUUUAUCUAGAAUUCAGUGUCUACUAAUGUUUAAGUGCAUGCAGCAUUCAUUAAGUUAGCAUCAAAAUAUAAAAUGAUGAUUACAUAAUGAGCUUCUGAAUUUUUUUUAAAAAUGUGUGUCAAGUUGCCUGGUAAGGAGCAUGUUGAAUUAAUGGAGCAUAGUGCCCUUCAUUUUACAUGUUAGUCAGUACAAGAGAAAAGCCUUACAUCAUUGGCAUUUGGAGCACUUUGAAGACAACUAUUUUUAGGAAAGUUGUAGAAUUUUAAAUUUAAAAUUUUUUAAAGAAAUGAUUCCUAUAUGAAAUUGUCCUCAUAAUGUACCUGAUACUGAGGGUAUUUAACAGUGUUAAUUUGUCCAUUAAUGGUGUGUACAUUUCAGAGUGAUUUACAAUAAAUUAUUAUGAAUUAA